AUGACCGCGAAAGAGCCUGGCCUUAGCUAUAAUGUCUUCAAAGGACUCUUAGCCAUGGAAUUUGAUCCCGGACUUUAUCAAGGUUUUCGACGUGAAGGAGUUGUGGCUUUCUUUGUUCCCCAAGGUGACAUCGAGGAUCCCUAUGGCGACCUCAUCGCCGAUGUCGGCCAAAUUGUUGAAAAUGUAACUCUAACAAUCCAGCCAGGUUUUUCUGAAGGAACGGCUACAGCUUCCACCCAAUACCAACCGGGUCCCACCAAUGAGCUCUCAACUCCAUGCGAGACGACCCUUAUGAACUCAGGUCUCUUCUCAGCUUGGCAGCUCAUAAUUCGGGCCCGCACAACCGAUCUAGGCUCCAUGCAACCCGUAUCAGUGAGUUAUGUAUCAAAUCUGUGCUCUGCAUUGACCAAAUACACAGUGGGGAAUGCGCUAGAGAGGCUCAAGCCGGGUGCUCCAUACGAGGAGGUCAGUGACGUAUUGAAGGAGUCGGUGAGGGGAUGA